CUAAGAGCAAGCGUGACAGUAAUCCUAGAUAAACAACGCUAAUCUCCGUUUGAGUUUGCCAUUAACUUCUUUUUCGUAGUGUUUCUUUGGGGGGUUUUGGGGGGGAAUUAUGGUUUGGAGAAGAAUUCGUGCACACUGCAAUCAAAAGUUGCUCAAAGGAGCUGUAGUUUUGUUGGGUGUUUCUCUAGUUGUGUUCAUCGUGGCAUCAUCAUUAUUAUACGACGACAGGCGCUUGAAUUAUGGUGCGCGCGCCCAAGCUUCUUGCGGUCCGUGCUCUUGCAUUUGCCCUUCGAAGAGACGAAUGUUUCCCUCGGCUUCGGAUUGUGGUGAAAAUGAUAUGACGGAGAGCAGAUUGGAUUCGUUGAAGGAGCAACAGAGCUUACAAGAAACCGUAGCGAAGGAAACCUUGGCACGCACGAAAGCAUUGACAGAGGAUGCUAAGAAGACCUCGAUGAGAUUCAGGGUCGAGGCUGAGAAGUGCAAUGCCGGGGUGGCAGCUUGUGAGAGAGCCAGAGAAAGGGCCGAAGCACGGCUCGUGGAGGAGCCUAAGCUGGCGGCGUUGUGGGAGAAACGAGCCCGCGAAAGAGGGUGGAAGGACAGCGACAAAGUAUACUUGUACAGAUAAGGGUAAUAUAACCACAGCAGCUAGGUUCUUGAGGGCAAUUUUAUGGAGGAUUCGUGAAGCCUCGUGUAAAAUAUCACACCUUUCAAUAGCUUUGCCAGGUGAAUAUGAGUAGGAAAGAGGGUGCACUCUUUAUAAGAGAUCAGAUUAAUGUGUAAGUCUGCUCUUUUGUGAAGUCCUCACAACUGCAAAUUAUCUACUAGCUACUCUGUUUUGAGUGACUACACACAUAUUGAACUUGGAUUGUUGAUCCAUGACAUACAGGUUGUUCUGAAUUCCUAGUGGAUUUUCUUCA